CUUGUCUGUCCCGUGUGUUCUCUGUAGUAUUGUGACCAACCAUAUGUGGAUAUCCCAUUAUCCUAGUGAACAAGUCCCUUUCUCGCCUGUUUGGACACGAAAGCAUGGGAAAGUAUCUUCGGGGUUGCGGGUGGACAAUGUCCCGCUUGCCUGAUGGUUACUGACGCUGUAAAUUGUAGGAGAUAAGCCUAUCACGGCGCUUCUUUCAUGCACGUUAUACUUGUUGACUUGACUGCGGUGUUACCAUUCGGGUACAUAUAUUAUUAUAUGUUCGUGUCUCAUGAGUGCCAGUGGAAACACCAGACUAGUUACCCUAGUUGCGAAAUCCCGACGCACUUUGAAGAUACGUCCUCUCAGGAUGUCGGUCGUUCGUGCCGCCCUGGUGACGGUGCUUAUCCUCACGAAAUGUUUGUCCCUCGUGAACGCCCAUAUCAUGUUGUAUGUUGAACAAAACCACCUUCUGCAUGGUGCUCAUGACUUGUCGUCCCUGAACAGGGCCCACCCAUCCUCGUGGGGCUUCAAUGUGACCCAGGAAACGCCCACCGCUUAUGCAGGCGAUAAUCGUCCCUGCGUUCCCUUGUACAAUCGCACCUUCCAUGAGUGGUGGUUCCAUGGCUUUCUAGAUUAUCCACCACACCCGCAAGACGUUUUCCAACUGGAGGCUGGAAAAACAGCGGUAGUCGAGACUGUGUGCAAUAAGGAUGCAUCGAGUUACUGGAGGACAGGCGAUAACGUGUUCACCCAGACAGGAGAUAUGAAUUCCCCAUGCCCUGGCUCCCCUAUGAAGCAAUACCGUAAGGGUUGUGCCCUUUCGAUUGUGUACGAAUCGGACGUAAGCAAAAUCAAACCCGAGGACUUUACCGUUUUUUCUAUCCAACAAACAUGUGUGUGGCACCGUUUCACUCACUUCGACGUUCCUGCGGCUAUGCCGCCCUGCCCCCACAAUCGAACGUGUAUUUGCCAGUGGAACUGGCACCAUCUUGCUUCUUCGGGAUCUGAACAAAUGUACUCGAAUAUGUUCCGAUGUAACACGACAGGAACUAAUUCCACGAAACCUAUUGCCAAGCCCAAGGUCCCUCGUCGUUGUGGCGGCGAUCCUGACAAUCACAUACCUCCUGAUCCAAGCAACUGCACGUGGGGAGCGAAGCAGCCAUUCUAUUGGCUCCAACGCGAACGCAAUAACAUGUUCGAAGGCUACUACGAUGUACCGACCUACAACGAUAGGUAUAAUUUUAAGCAAGGUGCACAGAAUGACAUCUUUGAGGAUGGUCCAUCGACGCCGCACACCACGGAGACGAAGGGUAGAUCGACACACACUCCGUCUACUGGGACUGCAACCACGCAGACGGAGGGUAAACCGACACACUCACCGACACACACUCCGUCUACUGAGACUACAACCACGAAGACGAAGGGUAAACCGACACACACUCCGUCUACUGGGACUACAACCACGAAGAAGAAGGGUAAACCGACACACUCUCCGUCUACUGGGACUACAACCAAGGAGACGAAGGGUAAACCGACACACUCUCCGUCUACUAGAACUAAGAAGAAGGGUAGACCGACACACUCUCCGUCUACUGGGACUGCAACCAAGGAGACGAAGGGUAAACCGACACACACGAGGAAGAAGGGUGAACCGGGACACUCUCCGUCUACCGCCACUGAACACACCCCAACUUCUCACUGCAAGCACAGGCAUACCCAGUCUCCCGAGGUUAGCGGACGCCCAGGUGCAAAUGCUGCCCACCGAAAGCUCAUCCGCAAACAUGCUUUUGGACAGGGUUGCGUUCUUUUCUUUUCCACCCUUACGUUUAGUUCUCGCAGAUGGCUUCCACGCAAGCGUGCGUCAUCCUUUCGUCCACACAUAUCGUGUGCCAGACUAUUUUUUUUUUUUCGCGAAAACACUAGCCAUUCCGU